AUGGAUGAGAUUGCGCCUGAGUACGAUGUCCUCGUGUUGGGAACGGGCCUGACUGAAUGCGUUCUUUCAGGUGUUCUCAGUGUGCAGGGCAAGAAGGUGUUGCACAUUGACCGCAACGACCAUUACGGAGGCGAGUCUGCGUCGCUGAACCUGGAUGCGCUCUACAAGAAGUAUGGUGUUAAACCGAGUGGGGAACUCAGUCACACUCGCCCCAACGACUGGAACAUUGAUCUCGUUCCGAAGCUCCUCAUGGCCAACGGCGAACUCACCAACAUCCUCAUUUCGACCGACGUUACGAAGUACCUCGAGUUCAAACAGAUUGCGGGCAGCUUUGUACAGCAGGGCAAAGGUCCCAAGGCCACCGUGGCGAAGGUGCCUUCGACUCCCAAGGAGGCUCUUGCUUCAUCGCUCAUGGGCAUCUUUGAGAAGCGCCGCGCCAGGUCGUUCUUCGAAUGGGUAGGAGAUUACAAGCUGGACGAUCCAGCGACCCAUAAAGGUGAGAAGUCUAGCGAAUGCAACAAUACAACCGACUGA